ACACGCGGAGCGUCAGUCUGCUCUUGUCUGUCACGCUGACUUGGCUACUUGAGAAAAAUCAGAAGCUCUCUUGUGACAGAUUUGCACCAGGACCAUUAAUUUUCUGCAAAACAAAAAAAAUUCCACCCGUUUUUUUUUUGGCUGACUUUCCAAAAAAAUUUCAAAACUCUCCACCGAUUUUUUAUUCAACAAGAAAAAAGAAUGUUUGCUGGCCCAAUUAUUUUUCUCGUAAUUAUAGUGACUUGUGCAUACGCCGAGGAAUCUUUAUCAAAUGAUGUGUCCCAAGAAAAAAGAGCGCCAAUGGGUUUUCAGGGGAUGCGAGGCAAAAAAGAUCUUACAUCUUCAGAAAACGACGACUACUCUAAAAGAGCCCCCAUGGGGUUUCAGGGAAUGCGAGGAAAGAAAAUUAUUAUUGGACCCGACAUAGAGGAGAGUUUUCCUUUUGAAAAUUCGGAUAAACGUGCACCAAUGGGUUUUCAAGGGAUGAGAGGAAAAAAGGAGUAUUUGGUACCAAUUUUUGAAGAUCCUUACUAUAACGAAGAUUUUGAGAAGAGAGCUGCAAUGAUGGGUUUUCAAGGGAUGCGCGGUAAAAAGAACACAAACGAAGACGAAUUCAAUAAGCGUGGACCAAUGGGUUUUCAAGGAGUCAGGGGCAAAAAGUCCUUUGAAGAAAUUCUGGAGGAUAUGGAAAAGAGAGCACGAAUGCCGUUCCAUGGAACAAGGGGGAAAAAGUCAUACGCUUACGAUUAUCCUGACGAAUUUGAAAAAAGAGCCUUAGCCAUGGGCUUCCAUGGAAUGAGGGGCAAAAGAGAAGAAUUUAACGACGAGUGGGAGAAAAGAGCACCAAUGGGCUUUCAGGGAAUGAGAGGCAAAAAAAAUUCGUUUAACGACAUUCAAGAUUUACAAAAACGAGCUAUCAUGGGCUUUCAGGGAGUAAGGGGUAAAAGGGACGCAGAACAAUCUUCUGGGACGUAUAGUGAGGGGGGAAAACGGAAACUAUUAAGUAUUCAAGAGCCAAUGAGAGAUAGAGAGGAAAGUGUACCCCAGAAUUUCGAAAAGCGAUCGCCCUUUUGGCAUUUCGGAACUCGUGGUAAGAAAAAUCCUCGCUGGGAGUUUCGGGGGAAAUUUGUGGGAGUCCGAGGAAAAAAAUGGUUCCCCCCUUCUCAACAGGAGGAUGAAAGUCGACUAAAAAACAUGUUUGAUAACAUCGAGAGGCUGAAUCGCCUGCCAGGAUAUACUUCACUUUUAGAAAUACAGUAGUCUCGUGAAGCAGUGAAUAAAAUUUAAAUUAAUUUUAGCGAAGGAACGUAAAGAGCCAGCUGUCAACGUUUUAAAUGAAAAAGUCAGAUGAAUGUCAACUGUUACGUUUCAAUAAUUUUUUUUCUUUUGUUAAUCAGAGAAAUCUAUAGCUUAUCAAUAUUUUCUCGGGCGCUCGUGCUUAUAUAAAACUAUAUAAUAUACAAUUAAAUAAUAAGGAAAAAAAUCAUUUUUUUUCUAGAAAUGAGAAAUUAUAUUCAAUUGGCAGCUGUAUAAAACCGAACCUUGCGCGAAAAAUGAAGGGAAAAAAGAACAGUCGCUUAUAUUAUUAGACGUUUUCCAAAAUCAAAGAAAGUAAUUAGAAUUAACAAUAAAAAGAAUCAAAACUAAUUCUAUUCUAAAAUAUAACGAUCAUCAAGUUAAUAAAAUCUAUUUAUUACGUGUAACUAAAUAUUAAGGGAGUAUCAAAGUCGAUACAAUCCCAUCGACUUUGAUAUUCCCAAGAAAAUUAGUUAAAAUUAUUAUUAUUAUUAUUAUUAUUAUUAUUAUUAUUAUUAUUAUUAUUAUUAAAAUUAUUAAUUAAUAAUCUAAUUAAUUGUUUUAAUUAUUUUUUUCAUUUU